UCUCACUGUUUUCUCUCUCUGGCGUUUUGCUCCGACGAAUCCAUACAUAUAGUCGUCUUCUCCCUCUCUUCGAUCCGAUUCCUCGUUUCGAUUCUUUCGAUUCCUUCUUUGAACGCCAUUGCCAAUCGAAAGAGCCACAAAAGGUUCGACCUUUUUCUUCUUUUCUGUUGGUUUUUGGGGAUUUCGAGGAGUUUGUGGAGAUGAAGAGGUGUAGAAAUGGCGAAGUAUGGGAUUUUGAGAGUGAGAUGCCGGAGGGGGAUCGGGGAGUCAUCCUUGGCCUUGAUGGUGGCACUGCUUCCACUGUGUGCAUAUGUAUGGCGGCUGGAAUGCCUGCGCCGUCUGGGCUGCUGCCUGAGCCCUUUCCAGUCCUCGCUCGUGCCAUUGCUGGUUGUUCCAAUCAUAACUCCGUUGGAGAAACUGCGGCCAGGGAGACAAUAGAGAGGGUUAUGGCUCAAGCCCUUUUAAAAGCUCGUGCUACUCGUUCUAUUGUUCAGGCUGUUUGCCUAGCGGUAUCUGGGGUCAAUCAUCCUUCUGAUCAAGAGAGAAUACGAGAUUGGCUCAGGGGUAUAUUUCCAAGUCAUGUCAAGUUAUUCGUGGAAAAUGAUGCUGUGGCUGCUUUGGCUAGUGGGACAAUGGGAAAGCUUCAUGGCUGUGUAUUGAUUGCUGGUACAGGUACAAUCGCUUCUGCUUAUACAGAGGAUGGAAGAGAGGCACGAGCCGCAGGUGCUGGACCAGUAUUAGGGGAUUGGGGGAGUGGAUAUGGAAUUGCUGCACAGGCAUUGACGGCAAUUGUGAGGGCUCAUGAUGGUCGAGGUCCUCAAACAAUGCUCACAUUCAACAUUCUCAGGGAACUCAGGCUUUCAUCACCAGAUGAACUGAUUGGGUGGACCUAUUCCGAUACUUCUUGGGCUCGUAUUGCAGAACUUGUUCCUGUGGUUGUUUCUUCUGCUGAAGCCGGUGAUGAAGUUGCAAAUAGAAUUUUGCGUGGGUCAGUGCUGGAGCUUGCUGAGAGUGUCAUGGCUGUUGUCAAGAGGCUUGGGUUGUGUGGUGGAGAUGGAAAAGGCACAUUUCCAUUAGUUAUGGUUGGAGGAGUUCUUCAACCAAAUAAGAGGUGGGAUAUCGGGAAAGAAGUUGUCGGUUGCGUCUCUAAGGUAUACCCAGGAGUUCAGCCAAUUCGACCCAAGCAGGUGGAACCGGCUGUGGGGGCAGCAUUACUAGCAUGGAAUUGUUUCGUGAGGGAAUUUGCUGGUGAACUUGCCUACUGAUGACUUAUUUCUUGUACAUCAUUGCUCGUAAUAUCGAUCAGCAGCUAUCGCAAAGCUUGGGAAGAACCUUAUUUUUUUUUCUUUAGUUAUUAAUUAAUGAAUCUUCAUAUAAAUUUUUGGUUUCAAUUCAAGUUUGGGAAGGGAAUCAAGGUUCAAUCAUUCAAAUGUUUGGCCUUUAUCAAUCAGUUAUUUGCAUAAGUUUGUGAGUGUUGUUGAAUGUUGUACAAAAAAGAUUUCAAGUAUAGAAAGGCCAGUUUGUCUGCCUUGCUUGAAAUUUGCAUAUAUAACCUUAUAAAAGUGCAUAUUCUUGUAUGUGCCUUUGUAUAAGUCAU